AUGUGGAGGUCCUCUUGUAACUUGUUGAAACCGGGUUUAACGUCCGCUGUUAGAGGCAGAACGACGUCGUCAUUACAAGUAAUAAGGGCUUGUUUGGAGGCUAAUGAAUAUUCUUACGGAUGCUUAUGUGGGGCCAGAUCUUUGGCGCCAUUGUCGACUGUUUCGAUCUCUGCGGCCACGGGUAGCUGUGGUGGUGGUGAUGGUAAAGAUAAUGGUUUGAGUGGAGGAGGGGCUAACGGGGAAAGUAUAACGUUUGCGGAGGCGAAGAGGUUGAUGAGAUUGGUGAAUGUGGAGUCGUUGAAGAUGAAGUUGGGGAUGGAGGAUAAGGAGGUUAUUGGGUAUUCGGAGCUACUUGAAGCCUGUGAGAAUAUGGGUCUUGCCAAGUCUGUCAAUGAGGCGGCGGCUUUUGCCAGAGUUCUUGAUGAGGCUGGUGUGAUUCUUCUCUUCAGAGAUAAGGUUUACCUUCACCCCGACAAG